UCAUCAUCAUCAUCAUCAUCUCAAUUUCAUUCUUUGACAAAAUCAAACACUAACAAAAUUAGAGCCCACCCCCAAAAGCUCCUCUUUUUUCCGUCUUCUCUGUGCUUUCUAGCUACUGCCAAACCUUCCAUUGAAUAUACGCUGAGCCACACACAGUUGUCUCUCCAGUUUGUAUUUGUCUCAAUUUGAUUUCUCAAUAUGAACAUUAAUCCAACUGAAUUCCUCAAAAUGGAUUAAUAGAGGAAAAAAAACAGAAGAAUAAUUGAAAACCUGAAGGAAAAUGCAGACGGGGAGCUCAGGUGAAUUGCGAUCAGCGGCUGGAUCAACUGAUACAAGAGGAAAACACAGGAUUUCUGCUGAAUUGAAGAGACUCGAGCAAGAAACUCGAUUCUUGGAGGAAGAACUGGAAGAGCUCGAGAAAAUGGAUAAAGCAUCUGUUGCUUGUAAGGAGAUGCUGAUUAAUAUUGAAACAAGACCAGAUCCAUUAGUCCCAGUAACAAUUGGUCCGGUAAAUCCAAUAUGGGACAGGUGGUUUGAAGGAGCACAAGAUUCUUCUGGAUGUCGUUGCUGGAUACUAUGAUGUUUGAAGCCCGUUUUCACAAACGAUACAUUCAACGGCUGAUUGAUUCUUAUCUUUGUUCGUCUCACAAAGGGAUAACACGUAUGGACACACGAGUUGGUUUUGUGAAAAAGCUUGCAAAGGCUCCAUUCCAAUUUACAGAAAAUCUCAACUGCGGAUCAUUGGUAUCGAUAUUGGGGAAUUGAGACGGAAUUCGGAAGAAAGAAAUGUUGAUGUAGUUUCUUGUGGACUUCAGUGGUAGCUUUUAUAGGAUGUUUACCAUCUGUUUUUUUGCUUGAGAUUUAAGAGUUAUUUGAAGAAUGAAAUUUAGUAACAAAUUAAAAACUUCUUGAGAUUGAAGUGUCAAUUGGUGACCAGG